AUGUCCAGCGGAGAUGAUUCGUCGCUUGAAAUGAGAUUGCCGAAAAGAGCGGUUAGCAACACUAUCGAAUUGCCGCUCUUUUUGAACAUGGUCGCUGUUUCACUUAGCGGUGCUGCAUUAGGAAAUAUAAUACUGUACCGCUCGUGUGUUCACGCUUUAAAUUUUCCUGAAGAGGAGUGUCGUCCAUUUCUCUCGCCCGUUAAAAAUAACGAGACCAGUCACUUAGAGGCUGAUGUCCAAAGAUAUGCUACAUUCGUUUCGACGGUCAAGAUGGUACUGGAAGCGGUCGUACCAGCUUUUCUUUCCUUUUUCCUCGGCGCUUGGUCCGACACGUAUGGUCGAAAGCGUUUGAUGGUAUGGUCGCUCCUAGGUUCAGCAAUAACAAGUAUGUUACUAGUUGUAUUUGGGUUGAUGGAUAAUUUGGGACCAUGGUGGUAUAUAGCUACCGUAGUACCGUUCUCACUGACUGGCGGUUACGUUGUUUUGUUUACUGGAGCGUAUUGCUAUGUUAGUGAUACAAGUUCAAAGGAAAGUACGUCAUUAAGAAUGACAAUGGUGGACGCCACUGCAUCAUCAGGCAGUGUCAUUGGUUCUAUGCUGAGCUCGUACCUAAUUCUGUCAAUAGGAAAUGUAUAUUUGUUGCUUUUGACGUCAACGCUUAAUGUAUUAGCGUAUGCGUUUACCAAUGUUUAUAUUAAGGAGUCUCUGACUGGAGCCCUGGAGGGCGGCUCGUGGAGAGUUUUCGAUCUCUUGCUAGUGAAAGAUCUCUUUCGGGAAUCCUUCAAACAACGACCCGACAAUAAGAGAACUCAAAUAAUUCUAAUAUCAAUAACAAAGUUUCUCCUAAUAAUAAUUAUGUACGGGACCAGCUCCUUAGAGUACUUAUUCACCAGAACAAAACUGCAUUGGUCACUGCAAGACUUCACCAGAUAUUCAGCUGUUAGUACCUCCAUGUCGUUUGUAGGGGGUUUCCUGGGUAUUAUUGUGGUGCAGAAGGUGUUAAGAAUUGGGGAUAUCGCGUUCUCGAUUUUCGCGAUAAUGAGCUCUAUAGCUGAUUACAUUUUGAAGAUCUGCGCUGUCUCCUGGUGGUAUAUGUAUUUAGGUGCGUUGGUAUCUAUAUUCAAAGGACUAUCGAGUGCUUUGACUCGUUCGUAUAUAAGCAAAACCUUGCCAUCUGAGGACGUGGCGAAGAUCUUCGCACUAAUGUGUGGCUUUGAAGGCUUCGCGCCACUUCUAGCGCCGUUAUUAUACAAUUCGCUUUAUGCCGCUACUCUCGCAACACUGCCUGGAGCUAUUUAUAUGUUGAGCAGCGUUUUUGCUGGCAUAUGCGUUGUAAUGUUAGGAUUUGUUCAAUACUAUCACUGGAGAGGAUCCCAUGUACACUAUCAGCGCAUCAGCAGUUCAGAUUGA